AUGGCUGAGGAACCGGAGUCCGCGUUGCAGCUACCUCCCUCAACUGCUGCUGAUGGCGAAGGACCUACGGAGGUCUCCCCGGAAACGGCCACUCCGGAGCCCCCUUCUUCCGCCGCGGUCUCCCCGGGGACGGAGGAACCUGCCGGCGACACCAAGAAAAAAAUUGAUGUCCUGUUGAAGGCUGUGGGAGACACCCCUAUAAUGAAAACAAAGAAGUGGGCUGUAGAGCGAACCCGAACCAUUCAAGGACUCAUUGACUUCAUCAAAAAAUUCCUUAAGCUUGUGGCCUCUGAACAGUUGUUUAUUUAUGUGAAUCAGUCCUUUGCCCCCUCCCCAGACCAGGAAGUUGGAACCCUCUAUGAGUGCUUUGGCAGUGAUGGUAAACUGGUCCUACAUUACUGCAAAUCUCAGGCAUGGGGAUGAAGUACAGAGAAAAAGCUCUUGCUAACCAGAUGAAUCUUCACAAAGCAAACAGCUCUGGAAAAAGUUGAUACUUGUGACAAGAGACUUGUGUAUGUGAUCUACACAGCAUGUAUCUACUAUGAAUCAUGUUUAUGCAUAAAGAAAUCCAUAGAGUAGAUGGACUCACAAAAAUGUGAUUUGUAUUAAUACACAAAUCAUCAUAAAAGAUUGGCUUUACAGUAUACCCAUUACUAGAACUAUUGUUCCAGAUCAGCCACCAAGGAGUUGAAAAAGGAGCCUAAGACUGUAGUAAACUUCUUUGUUACCAGUUCUCAGUGACUGGAAUUGUUUACUUGUAGACAGAACACUCUGCUGCUUUUUUUCCCCACUGUGAAAGUCAGUUUUCUAAAGGAUUCUUUUUGUGCGUAUUCAGGGAAGUUCAGUCUGUCUGAGGUAUGGGGUGUACAGUUAGAUCUACAGUGUUAGGGAACUUAGUCCCGUUGAUCUGCUGGCUUUAUGUCCUACACAGUCCAGUAGGGGGCAGCCUAGCUGGCAGAAGGAGUUAAGCAGUUUGGUUUUACAACUUUGCCAGAUGAUAAUGGAGGAAAGUAGAGAUUCCUGCUCAUUUCUGGCAAACAUCUAGCCAAGAGAGCACGCAUGUUGACACACUGGAAAGCUGCUUUAGAGAAUGUGUGUCGUUUAGAAUUAUUUUAUUGAGAAACAGAAGGAAUUUUACAACUUCUGGACAAUUGAGUCAUAAACCCUUUGCAGUCCCAUCAUUUAAAUGAUUGUGAGCCCUAAUGGUUGUAACUGGUGUUAUUUUGUGUCUUACUUUUACAGUGUCAGAAGCACUCAGUAAACCUGGCGACCUCUUGAGUUUUUUAUAAUCUGUUUUCUAACUUGAAAACACUCAAAUAAUAGGAUAGCCUUAGAGUCUAUAUGUAUUUCAUGUUGUGACUGAAAGUCCCAUUUUCCCUGAUACUAUUUGGCUGGUAAUUGCUUGAAGUGAGAUUCUGUAUUACAUCAUUCUGUAUUAUAAUGGUAAUGUAGCAUUUCAAAAAGCAUUCCAAUAAAUUGAAUGGAAUGUCCAAACAGGAA